AUGGCAGGCGUGUCGGACGAUAUUGAAAUAAUUGUUGAAGCAGGUAAGCCAUAACCAAUAAGCCUCUGGCCCUCUAAGGUCUGUCUUUAUAUACAAAAAGCAAAGCGUAUAUAGGCUAUAUAUAUGUGUAUAACUUAGUUAGUGAAGGUCGUAAUCGUAAAAGGUCUGGGUCAGCCAUCAGGGACUCUCGGCUCCGACUCUGGACUAAGGCUCAGACGCUCAGUGAGUCAGUGGCAGGCUCACAGAGGGCAGAUGGGCAGAGGGGUUAGGUGACUUAUGUUGUUAUGAGUGUUCCUCCAAUCCUCCGUUUCUGCUCCGCCAGCUCCAGGUGCUUCAUUUUUCAUGUUCUAUUUUUCUAUGUCCAAUUCUAUUGUAUAGAUAUAAUAAUAAUAACACCAAAAAUAAUUUAUUAACAGGUAGUUAGGUAGUUCUUUGUGAUUAAUGGUUGGUUAUUACAUGGUUAUUAGUACUUAUUAGGAUAUGCAACCAAAACACCUUGUCACACUUAGUGAUCUAAGAUUAGUUAUCUAAGAUUAGUUAAGAUUAGUGAUCUAGGAAUCUAGGAUUAAUUAAUUAAUUUGCUUUUCCUGUUGCAUAGUGUGUGUUUCAUGCAAGAAGGAAUAUUGUGGGAGUCAUUCUUGCAAAGUUUGCAAGAAAGCCUGCCAUGCUAUUCCACCUUGUGCAAAAUUGAAUGAGGAUGAUGAAGAAGGUUUUGGUGCAGCAGUGCUAGUUGUGCAGCAACUAAAGGAGAGGCUCCACCAAAGAGAAAGAUAUCAGAGAAAGGUAAAGAGAUUAUAAUAUCAGUAUCACAUAACUAUAGGUAGCUAUAAAGUCAUAACUCAUCAUAGUCUUCUAUAUUUAUCAGGAAACUUUUUUACUAUAUUUACUCUAGAAACGAAUUGGUAUGAAAAGCUUGGAAAACAGUCAGGGAAGUUGGCGGCACCAGUGGCCAAGCGAGCAAAAGGUGGUCAUGGCAAAACACCAAUGGGGUUCUGUCUGCUUUGUUUCCGUGAAGGGAAACAGAAAUUUUGGUUGGCAAGGGGAAAUGCAUCCACUCUUUCUAACCACCUUUCCAGAGUACACAAAAACCAAAGUACGAAAGCCAAUGAUGUUGUGCCCGAAAGUUCACCUCUUGCUGCAGAGGCAAUGAAGGAAUACAAACGUAGAUUUGCAUCAUCUGCUGCAAGUUCAUCUAGGUAGGUGAAACUCAAAACCUAACAGUUCUGUUCUACUUAUAUUUAUGUACAGUAUACAUGUAUUUGGAAAGUUCCAAGUUAAGUUAUUGAGUACUCAAGUACAUGUAUACUCAAUAAAAUAAGCUUUGGAGACUGGUGUUGUUUGUAAAUGCAUAUGUGAUAUGUUGCAGCAGGUCAGUUUGGAUUUCUUGUAACAUUAACAAAUUGUGAAUCCUCCCAUUUGUGCUAUAAACUGUUGUACUUGAACUCUUACUGUAGUAGGAAUCAAGAGAAGAGAAGUGGUGGUGUGACUAGUGUCCAAUCGGAACCACCUCAAACACAAAAGACCACCUGUAUGGAUUUGGAUGUUGAUAGUGAUUUAACUAUGGCGUAUGUACUGUAUAAUAUAUAUAAAAUCACACUAGAGUUAAUCAAUUAAACCAUAUACUGUACAUAUACAUUAUGAACUGAUCGGCAAUAGAAACUAAAAUGAUAAAUUUCAAAUUUUGUGCUAUAGUGAAGUUAUAGAACAGUUUGAGCGUCAACGUGAAGAUAAAGUGGUCAGCGUCAGUGAUAGCCAGGAGAUCCAGGAUGAUGCACAAUUGGAAAAGGAUGAUGCACCAUUGGAAAAGGAUGACGAAAAAGGAGAAAGGUUUGUCACUUUAUAUUCUUACAAAUUCACUCUUUUAACUGUAUUCUUGUUGUUCAACUCAAGGACCAAGAAACGGUAUUGGUAUAUUAUAGUGUAUGCCAGAUAUGGUACAAGAAAGGUAUGAUGUCACGUGAAAAUAGCCUGCAACUAAUUUAACACAUAUAACAUAAAACAUGGUGUGAGUGACUGAUGGCAACCUUGUAUUGAUUGAAGUGUUUUUCUUUGUAGUUCUGCUAUUUCACAGCCAAGUCCAAGUGAGCCAACAGUAACGCCACUAACGUAAGUUUUUCAUAUAAGUAUGAUGUAUUUGUAAACUUAGUGACGUUUUGAAUGCAAAACUAAGCAUCUAGGUUCUGGGAUGCCAAUAUACAGCAAACAAAUCACGAUUGUCGAUUUUAUGACUGAAUGCUUCCUAUGUUGUUGCUGACUUGGCUGCAACCGAAUACUCACCUUAAUAGUUUACCUUUAACAGUAUGUCUUAGCUCAAAAAUUGUUUUCUUGCUUCUAAAGAGCAUACAGAUUGACAAAUUUAGCUUUGAGCUAUCCUCUAAAAUUAUCGUUUGAAAGAGACAAAGAGUAUCAUCGUUUAGAAGUUUAAAAUGUAGCUAAUUUGCGAUUGCAUUCCAGGUGAUCUGACGGUGAGCAAAAGGACUGGGACUAGCAACAGAAUAGAAAUCCAGUUUCGUACCUUUAAUCACUUAUCACGCCCUGAUUCGUUUGUGAAACUGUUUGAAACUUUGUGUCUGAGUCUUGCACAGGGAAAUGAAUGUCUGGGACAAAUUUGAAAUAGAAAUCUAAUACCGUUGAUGAGAUUUUGAGUAAUUUUAAACCAGAAAUGGAUUUCUAUUUUACAACUAGUGCCAGGCCUUUUCCGAAUUCCGAGAUCACCUGGCCUUGCAAGCACGCUGCAUAUUUUACAGCUUUAAUAUGUAGAAUCGGAAAUUAGUAUACUAAACUUCAAAAUAAUUUUUGCUGAUUUAUUCACGCUAUCGUAUGAAUAUGUCUUUGUUUUAACGUCUUAUAAAUUUUGUAAUAUGUGAACGUGGUAAUAUUUUUUUAUUUUUGAGUAUUACCUUAUUCAUAAAUCGUCAUUGAGGCCUCGUAUCCUAGGAUCGAGCCACAGCGGGGAAUAGUUCUUAUUUUCCCGUACGAAUCAAUACAAGAAACAAAUUUAAGGUCGACACAAUAUAAUCUUAAUUUGGCUUGACAAGCAGUUUUCGUUUGUUUUCCCACGUUUAUUUCCAUUUCCUAAUCCCAUGAUACGAGGCCCCUAUUGCGAUUAAUGACUAAGGUUCUUAUACGAAAUUUUGUUAUUGAUUAGUCCUAACAUUUCAAUUGUAACAGUGGACCAAUUGUAAGCGGAGAUUCAGUUGAUUUGACAACUGUGGUCGAUCCCACCUCCAGCCGUAACAUGGGUCCUAUUUUUCAAAGUUCGCUGGAUAGUUUCCUUCCCUCCCUUUCCGAGAAGGAAUCCGGCAACAUCACCAACAUGCCUUUCAAUAUUGAGGAUCUAGCGGAAAAGAUCGCAAAUAGGGUGGUUAAAAAGCUUGGUCCUCAAUACGGGAAAAAAGAAAAGACCUCAGCAAUCCCUUUUAACCCUUCAGCUAAACUAUCACUUCAAUCAAGUAAUUUGAUUGAACUUCUAGACGAAGUGCCUGAUUUUGAGUUACUUUUUGAGGAGAAUAGCCGGGUACUGCGGUGUAGCAAUUGUGCAGCGUUUUUAUCUUCUCCUCAAGCAUCAUAUACGUCUUCGUCUCGUCGACCCUCUGGCAAGGCCGAUGGAAGUUUGGCCAGCGGUCUUCACUUGUCAGAUGAUCUAUACAAACAACUUACUGCUGGUAAGUGCGACUAA